AUCAAGAUCAAUUCCUUUGUUUUUAGUGCCUCCGAUCAUCAAAGCAUGAAUCGUCUCGGGAGGCCCGUUCGACCGGUAUUGACACCAAACCCGGCAUAAUUCAAUCAUAGCAAGCUACCCACAAACGCCAGUUCCACUUCAAUCAUCGUCGUCGGUUCUAAUCUAAUGAAAUACGAAAUAAAUCCGCGAUACGAAAAUAGGAUACUUUUCCCCCCCGAAUCGCCAUUCGUCGUGAUAAACAAUUGAAUUAUUCCUGCGGCGUGAAAAGGGUUCUCGCACCCAUAAUGAACCGCAGCGCUGUGAGGAAAUGUGAAGAAUAUUUGCUGAAUAUUCCGGGGCAGAGACCGCCCCAAAAACGGGCUCCGUCCUGCGUAGGACACAGACCGCCGGCAGUCCCAACCAGCACCACCACCAGCAGCAGCAGUCGAAAUCCAUCAUCCAGCAAACCAUCCCCACAGGCUCCGUGUACAAACCGAAGAAAACAGUCAAUCAAUAAUUCCGGAGCCGCUAUGGUCGCGGUCGUUCCGGGUGCUGCUGGCAAAGGUAAGAAACUACUAGUAGCAAGUGCGGCAGCAUGUGCCCCAAUCACGGGACGAGAGAAACAAGCAAACAGCGCCACCACCAAACUUCCAAGGCCCAGUUGUCGCCAGCAGAGGGCGUCCGGUGGGAAUGGUUCGCUGAAUGCGAAAUUACCACCGCCUCCGAGUGAGUGCCCUGUUCCGCCCAACAGCAGCAGCAGCGCGGAGAAAGCAAGUGAUAAUGUCAAUCAGAAUGACAACAUAAAACCGGCCGGGAGUGAUAGAGAUUACGGUCGGUUGGAUCGGGAUGCGGGAAGCGGCGGACAAACGGGGCAACCAGCACUAGAACGGAUUGGGAAAACCGAAACCUGGGAUAGAAUACUAUCCGCGUCGCCUUCGCUGCUAAAAGCAAUGCCACAACACGAACGUUCCGAGAACCCAUCCUCGAUAUCCGGCAGCUCUGUUGCGAUCGUUCCACCUCAACCAUCGGUGGUCAGUCUCCCCAAGGCGGGAACAUACUGCGGCCCGCCCCCCUCGGAUGGGGAAAUCUAUUUAUGCCAUUUCGACCCGCUAAGGACUCUCCAACUGUUGACGCUCGAGCUGAAGUCGAAGCUGAAGGAGCACUGUCCAGAGCACAUACAGCUGUACAGGAUCGCCAAGGAGCUACUCUGCGCGGUGAAGAUAUUGACCGAGAGAUCCGUCCAACAGUCGGCGAGUAUAAAAUGUGCAAACUGUGAGCAUAUGCGUCGAGAGACACAAAAUGUCACCAACCAUAACCCUCCCGUGGAAAAACAGUCCCCGGUGAUAAGCGAUGAUCGGUUGUCACACCUGGAGGAUGAAAUAAAGCGAUUGCAGACAUUGAUAAGUGACAAACAAACGGCCGAAGGUGGUCUUAUCGAGGAUCUCAAUCGGAAGCUGCGGGAUACCGCCGCUCGCUGCCGUCAUCUCAAGCACGCACGCGAUGAGGCAGAGAAGAAGUUACUCUACGCCUCGGUCGAAAACGAGCGACUGAACUUUCAUUUUCAAACGCAGUUCCUGCUGCGUGCCCAGUCAUCGACCAUGAGCAACCUGCAGAGCGACUUCAAACAAAUCGGAUCCCUGGCUGACUGUCAAAUCGAACUUCUUGAGGGGACCGACCGAAACCAACCCAAGGGUGUCAAAGUGAGCCCCACUCUCCCUGAGGAAGAAAUCGACUCCAUCAUCGGUAAUCACCAUCGCAAUUAUCGACAUCCUUCCGGUGGUGGUGGUGGUGCCGGUGGUGACUAUUGCACGAAUCAGCACCCAUCGGAUACCAGUACCAUCUCCUCCUCCUCGUCCUUCGCCUCUGUCCGGGAAAAACUUGCAUCCACGGUGGAAAAAGUCAGCAAACAGGGACGCCAUUAUGCCAUCAAGAAUAACGCUGAAAAAGAAAGCGACGCCGGUAAUGACGUUAACGAUUCCGAACCGCCGAAAGAACCCGCGAUUCCCUACCCGCUAUCCGCCGGACUCAUUCCCGGUGAUGACGGAGACGAUGGGAAAAACUCUUCAAACGGUAACCGCAGCAGAAGUGGCAGCAGUGACAACACUAGUGGUUGUGAGGGAAGCGGUGGCUUACAACAGUGGCCAAAGCAUUAUCGGUGGCAGCGAAAAGAUGCUGCUGCUCAUUGGGAUGGCACCGAAAGAGUUGGGGCAAAUUUGAAGACGUCGAGUGGCUCCUCUUCUUCAAGAUUGGAGCAAUUGCUAACGCGCGGCAACCCGACAAAACGCGCCAGCUUGAUUGAUUCGAGCUGCGUACCGAUACCGGCGGGGGUACCAAACGAGGACAUCAUUAUCAGCAAUCAGGGCAUUCCCUUCGCCAAACCGGAAGCACCGAAAGUGAUCUCCUGUGCUGCGACUAACGGCUACGGCGGUAGCGGCACUUCUGGCAUUACCGAUGAUGACAGCAAGACUAAUGAUUGCGCCAGCUCAGCUCGGAGGCAGCAGCAGCUUCAGAAACCAUCACCACCACCACCACCACCACAACUGGGAUUACUAAUGGGAGCUAGCGAGUGCUGCAGCGAAAGGGAAGGGGAAAAUUCCGUCACCGGUAAAGGCAAAAUGGACGCCGCCUCGCUCGGUGAGGAAAAAUACCCAGGGGAUUAUGGUGAUAAAUUCGAGCGGCGUGAAAGUUGCUCGCUGAGAGAAAAGAAGCUUUGCCGAAAUCGUUCGAUAAUAGGUCCGAUUGAUGGGGGGAUCCGCCCGGGAGCGGUUGACGGAGCGGAAGGUUUGAAGGAACGAAGGACCAUCUCUGCUGCUAACGAGCCCGCUUCCGCCCGAACGGAGGAGUUUUCUAUUGACUUUGAUGAUAUUACGCUGCCUUCUUCUCCGAUGCCUUAUACAGGAGUGAGCCUCUCAACGAUUGGAUGCGGCCUGAAUUCGGAUGAUGAGUAGAUUGCAGUGGACCGAAAGAUUGAAGUGGUAACAUAUAUGUAUUUUGUAAGUGGUUUUUCUGCUAUAGAAGUAUUUUCCACAACACAUAUCGUUUAUCUUAAAUCAAAAUCAAUCCCGCAUCAUGUUUUUAUUCCAUAAAACAAACAUCAGAAGAGUUGCCAUCAUCGAUUUUGGCUCUCAGAAUGUCCCCAACCACUAGAAGCGCAAACUUGCUAUCAAAUAGGUCUUCGGUGGUGUCUUUCUCCCCCCUGGAUCACACAUGAAACUGCAAUUAGGAGGAAAACUUUCCAAAGUGAAAUAAAAUGAAUUGUUAGCAGGAAAAACAGGACGACGCUUUCCGGUGAUAUGUUCGUUCCGCUUGGAUCGUCAGACGUUGCGAUUGCAGCUGCUUUCUGCUGCCACACCCGGGUGGCCGAGCACUACAUGUCCCAAAGUAUGUGCCUCAUCUUGUUGUUGAGAGCACAUAUGGUACUCUCAACUUCGUCGACAUUUUCCGCAAAACCCGUCAUCCGUAUCAUCAUCGACAGCGGAAAUGACCACUGACUGGGAAACAACAUCUCCCCGAGCAUCAGCCCAGCAUCGUCAUCCCACUAGCGGGCGAAGAAAGGGAAAACUUCUAGCUAAAUGGAUCCCAGGAUCGUUAAAAAUUAAUCCCGCUGCCAAUUAGGGGCCUAUACCAUCCUGGUGUAUUCUCUUUUCCUUGGCUUUCCAGUCCGGAUGGCCAAAAAGACGGCCCCCGUUCGGUUCCGUUGACGACGGUUCGGAAAGGGCAUUGAUAGAAAUGAUUAUGUGUGAUGAAAUAUUUGUUUCCACGCUGCCAAUUUGCAUUAAAAAGUCAUAAGCCGGAAAGUAAAGUUAGCCGAAUAAACACAGAAAAGAAAUUCAUGUCCGUGGAAGAUGAUAACGAUGUGCUGCUUUGAUUUGGGGCGGCGUUGAUUCAGAGAUGUCUAUACUAGUGUUGCGUCCCAUAUCAGUAAGCAAAAAAAAAACUAUUCAAAGAUGGCUUCAUGCAGAGCAGUGGGUCUCU